AUGGCUUCCUCCGCCGGACCCGCCGCCGCUUCCUCGGCAGCCGGCUCCGCCCAGGCGCCGGUCCUCCAGCGCGGCAUCGUCAAGAUGGUCCUUUCGGGCUGCGCCAUCAUUGUCCGGGGCCAGCCCCGUGGAGGCCCGCCUCCCGAGAGACAGAUCAAUCUCAGCAACAUCCGCGCCGGGACUAUGGCACGACGAGCAGCUGCGGGGCAGCCGGAUGGCAAGGACACCCCUGACGAGCCUUGGGCGUUUCCUGCUCGUGAGCUUCUGAGGAAGAAGCUGAUUGGCAAAGACGUUUGCUUCUCCGUGGAGUACAAGACCUCUCCCCGGCGGGAGUACGGCAUGGUGUACCUGGGCAAAGACACAACUGGGGAAAACAUUGCCGAGACCCUGGUGGCCGAGGGGCUGGCCUGUCGCCGGGAAGGGAUCCGAACCAAUAAUCCUGAGCAGAGCAGAUUGGCUGAACUGGAGGAGCAGGCCAAGACCGCCAAGAAGGGGAUGUGGAGCGAAGGGACGGGCUCACAGACGGUCCGAGACCUCAAGUACACCCUUGAGAACCCCCGGCACUUCGUGGAUUCCAUGCACCAGAAGCCCGUGAACGCCAUUAUCGAACACGUCCGGGAUGGGAGCGUCGUCCGGGCCUUGCUCCUGCCAGAUUACUACCUGGUCACUGUCAUGUUGUCCGGCAUCAAGUGCCCCACCUUCAAGCGGGAGGCAGACGGCACGGAGAGCCCCGAGCCCUUCGCGGCAGAAGCCAAGUUCUUCACAGAGUCGCGGCUGCUGCAGAGAGACGUGCAGAUCGUCCUGGAGAGCUGCCACAAUCAGAACAUCCUGGGCACCGUCUUGCACCCGAACGGAAACAUCACGGAGCUGCUGCUGAAGGAAGGCUUUGCGCGCUGCGUUGACUGGUCCAUGGCUGUCUACACCCGGGGGGCAGAGAAGCUGCGGUCCGCGGAACGGUACGCCAAGGAACACAAGCUCAGGAUCUGGAGGGACUACGUGGCGCCCACGGCCAACCUGGACCAGAAGGAGAAGCAAUUUCAGGCCAAGGUGGUGCAGGUGCUCAACGCAGAUGCCAUUGUGAUGAAGCUGAAUUCCGGGGACUACAAAACCAUCCACCUCUCCAGUAUCCGGCCUCCCAGACUGGAGGGGGAAGGCCCUCAGGACAAGAACCGGAAACUCCGUCCCCUCUACGACAUCCCCUACAUGUUUGAGGCCCGGGAGUUCCUGCGCAAGAAGCUGAUUGGGAAGAAGGUGAACGUCACAGUGGACUACAUUCGGCCGGCCAGCGGGGCGACCGACACGGUUCCCGCCUUCUCAGAGCGCACCUGUGCCACAGUCACCAUUGGCGGCAUGUGAGUGUCGAGGACGGUGGGCAUCCAGGGCAGCCGGCAGGAACGGAGGGUGGUGGCAGUCGGGCAGAACGGCCCGUCUCGGCCAAGCAGAGCUGGCUGCCCCCAGGCCUUGGCUUCAGCUCCCUGGGCAGUCAAGAACGGCAAAGGCCUGCACAGCAAGAAGGAGGUCCCAAUCCACCGAGUGGCCGACAUCUCCGGGGACACCCAGAAGGCCAAGCAGUUCCUGCCCUUCCUGCAGCGGGCCGGCCGCUCGGAGGCCGUGGUGGAGUACGUCUUCAGCGGAUCCCGCCUGAAGCUCUACCUGCCCAAGGAGACCUGCCUGAUCACUUUCCUGCUGGCCGGCAUCGAAUGUCCCCGUGGAGCCCGGAACCUGCCCGGCCUGGUCCAGGAAGGGGAGCCCUUCAGCGAGGAAGCCACCCUGUUCACGAAGGAGCUGGUGCUGCAACGAGAGGUAGGACGGUGGGCCUGGGUGUGGGUCUGUGCGCCUUGA